CCUACUAACACGGCCUUCAAAAGCUCAAACCUGGGAUCGCCACUCCCCUCUAUUUCCAUAUUCCGUACAUGUUAAUUAACUAACCACCUUCCUUAAUUUUCCUAUUAUUACACAUUCCUAAUUAACCUCUUAUUUUCUUCCUUCUCGUUUUCUUCUUGUUCUAAUCAUUCUUUGCAGCUAAAUAUAUCUUAUUAUUAAUCACGAUCUCAUUUUUCUCUGAAUUUUGGUAUAUAGUUGGAAUCUUGAUCCUAUGUGUGACUGUGGUUAUUGAUAAAAUUUGAAGGAAGGUCAACUGUAUUCAUAGUCAUAUUCAUAUUCUUCUAUAAAAUGUCUAUUUUUGGGACAGUUUAACAGCUGUCCAUGUGCUUGUAGUAAUAAUGCCUCAAAGACCAAUAAAUAAUAAGGAGUGCCUUUAAACAAGGCCAUUUAUUGUAUUUUUGAUGGAGUGAAAUUGGUGGGUGGUAGAAAGAAAUGAUGGCUACAAGCACAAACAUGUCACCCUGUAAUGGUGAAAUGGAAAAUGGAUUCUGCAAGGAAAAUUUAUCAGACAUUGAAGAAAAUCAAGAAGAGUCGGAUCAGUCGAGCCAGUUAAAUAUAGGGAAGCCACCAAGAAACAUUACAGGGAUGCGACAUUGUAUUAGCCAGGCAACAUUGGCAGGUACUUCGGUAUUGGAGUCUACUACACAAAUUGUUCCUCUUAAGUCAUCAUCACGCGAUGAUUCUGGAUAUGUUCCCAUCUUUCGCUCAGGAAGCUAUUCUGAGAUUGGACCAAAACCAAACAUGGAAGAUGAGCAUAUCUGUAUCGAUGAUCUUUGCAAACACAUUGGCGCGUCCAAGGGGCUUCCUUCUCCAGGGGCAUUUUAUGGGGUGUUUGAUGGUCAUGGUGGUGUUGAUGCUGCAUCAUUCACUCAAAAGAAUCUCCUAAGCUUUAUUGUAGAGGAUUCGCAUUUUCCAUCGAUGGUCAAAAGAGCUAUAAGGAAUGCUUUUGUUAAAGCCGAUAAUGCACUGGCUGAUACUAAAUCACUUGAUAGUACCUCUGGAACAACUGCUCUGACUGCACUUAUUUUAGGACGGACCAUGCUAAUUGCUAAUGCUGGGGACUCUCGAGCUGUACUAGGAAAACGAGGAAGAGCGAUUGAAUUAUCAAAAGACCACAAACCAAACACAACUUCUGAAAAAUUAAGAAUUGAGAAACUAGGGGGAGUCAUCUAUGACGGUUAUCUCAAUGGACAACUCUCGGUUGCACGAGCUCUUGGUGACUGGCACAUAAAGGGUCCCAAAGGUUCAAAAGGACCCUUAAGCUCGGAGCCAGAGUUGGAAGAAGUGGUCCUGUCUGAAGAGGAUGAGUUCUUGAUAAUGGCCUGUGAUGGCUUAUGGGAUGUCAUGAGUAGCCAGUACGCGGUAACUAUUGUGAGGAAGGAGCUCAUGCUGCAUAAUGAUCCCGAGAGAUGCUCGAGGGAGCUUGUUAGAGAGGCUCUAAAGCGUAACACUUGUGAUAAUCUAACGGUGCUUGUAGUAUGCUUCUCUAGCGAUCCACCCCCGCGAAUUGAAAUACCAAGAACUCAGAGAAGGAGGAGCAUAUCAGCUGAAGGAUUAGAUCUUCUAAAGGGUGUCUUGAGUGACAUAUAAAGCAGACUUUGGUCAACUGCUUGUACAAAUGAAUUAACUUACUACACUACACACCAUUGUCAGGGAUUUUUCUGAGUUUUCUGCUGUCCAUGGCAAUGGUAUAUUGUUGCUGAUUUAAAAAAAGAAAAUCUUCUGUAAGGAUCUUCUACCAGCUCAAUUUUGAUUUAUUCAGUUGUCACUGUUACUAUUCCUUGAAUGUGGCUGCUCUCAUAAUAAGAUUCAUAUGUACACCAA